GCGCGCAAAGUACAGUGGCGGGAGGGUAACAGGUGGUCUCCUCCGUGGGUGUCGUCGCUCUACACCGAGUGUAGACCCAUGCAACGUUGCGUCAUUGUCGACUUUUGUAAUAGACGUCAACUGGCAUUCUAAAUGAAAUAAGUGCUAAGCUCGUAUUAACGUGAUUUCCUAUCGAUCGGUGUCACAAAAAUCUUAAUUAUAGCCAGUAAUUUGAAAAAUACCCUGUUUUCAGCUACGGUCGCAACGAGUGACAAGGUGACACCUAAUAUUUCGGUCCAAAUGUGUGUGUUAAGCAUCAAAAAAUAAAAAGUUGCUGCAUCCGAUCACGCUGAAACAAAAUUGAAAGUGCUGUCGAUAGGAGUGAAUAUUGCAACAGGGUGGAUUAUUCGAAAUGAACUAAACAAAGAGCACUAUCGCAAGAUAUGAACUGCGUACUCUGCGUCUUACUUGAGGUGAUAGCUGCACCACUCUCGUCAACAAGUUACCCUCUAGUACCGAGUGGUGUGCCUUGAAUAGUGGACUAGUGAGCAGUAAAAUAUUUUACUUUUGUUCGUAUGCGAAAGACGAUGUCUGUGAGGCUCGUAAGUGAAAAAUGUUCUCCGCUCCACUGAAACGUAGAGGAGGGAGUAGGGACGCAAAAUCUUUGCUGAUAGGCACAGGAGUGUAUUAGUGUGAAGACGGGUCAUUCUGUGGCUGGCGAUGGGCGAAUCGUUUAGCAUAGAGGGUGUUGCUGCGACGGCAGCGACCGAGGGCAUAAUGCGGUUUUUGGCGGAUCAGGACACGGUGCUGCCGGCGGUGGGGGCGGCAGAGGACGCGAUCGACGCGGCUGACAUCCUGUUGUUGGCGACGGCGCUGCCGGUGAACGCGUCGGAUGACGGCGCCCCUGGAAAGGCGGCGGCGUCCAACUCCACGGCUGCGUCGGCGGCCGCGGCGGCGCUGGAGGUGGUGGCCGUGCGGCACCCGCUGUACGUGGUGGUGCCCAUGACGGUCCUCUACGCCAUCAUCUUCUUCACCGGCGUGCUGGGCAACAUGACGACGUGCAUCGUCAUCUACCGCAACAAGCACAUGCACACCACCACCAACUACUACCUGUUCAGCCUGGCCGUGUCCGACCUGCUGCUGCUGGUGUCCGGGCUGCCGCCCGAGGUGUACCAGGUGUGGAAGCACUACCCCUACAUCUUCGGGCUGACCUUCUGCCGGCUGCGCGGGCUCGCCGCCGAGACGUCGUCGAACGCGACGGUGCUGACCAUCACGGCGUUCACGGUGGAGCGGUACGUGGCCAUCUGCCACCCGUUCCUGUCGCACACCAUGUCGAAGCUGUCGCGCGCCGUCAAGCUGAUCGUGGCCGUGUGGCUGCUGUCGCUGGCGUGCGCCGUGCCGCAGGCGCUGCACCUGCAGAUCGUCGGGCCGCCCGGCAUGACGCGCUGCAUGUUCCGCGAGGAGACGGUGCACCACCUGUUCGAGAUCUCGACGUUCCUCUUCUUCGUGGCGCCCAUGACGCUCAUCACCAUACUGUACGCGCUCAUCGGGCUGCGGCUGCGGCGCUCGAGCGCCAUGAAGCGCGACGCCGGGCCCUACGGCCACCGCAACGGCUCCGGCACGGGCCACCAGCACUACGGCUGCGUCGCGACGGCGGCCGACAAGGACGGCGCGCAGCUGCAGCUGUCCGGCGUGCAGACGCCGCGCCACCACCACGCCGCCGGCAGGGCCAGCCACUCCUCGCAGUCGCGGCGCGUCCUCAAGAUGCUCGUGGCGGUGGUGGUGGCGUUCUUCAUCUGCUGGGCGCCGUUCCACGCGCAGCGGCUGGUCGCCAUGUACGUGACGGCGGGCGCGCAGCGCGAGCGCGGACCGUCCGAGCUCAUCUACGCCAUCGUCACCUACACGUCGGGCAUCCUCUACUACGUCUCCACCACGAUCAACCCCAUACUCUACCAGAUCAUGUCGCACAAGUUCCGCGAGGCCUUCAAGGACACACUGGGCAGGUGUUGCGGGCUGCGCGGACAGCGAGCACGGCGAGCCUACUCCAUCCUGUCGCGGUCGGCGCCCCGACACGCGUCGGCAGCGCACGCCGCGGCCGCAGCCGGAGGGCGCGGGGGCGGCGCCGGGGGCGGCCUCGGGGGCGUCGGCGCCGGAGGCGGCGCUCGGUGCGGCGAGUCCGCGACGGCCACCGACUGCUCGGGCAACAGCGAGCAGCUGCGCAGCGACGCCGCCUCCGGCUCGGCCUCGGCGUCCGGCUCGGGCAGCUGCGGCGGCUACUCGGUGGUGGUGAGCGCGAGCGCGCGACACCACGGCGGCUACGAGGCGGUGGUGGUGCCCGCGCUCAGCCGGCAGUCGACGCGCGCCAGCAGCCGGCCCUUCCUCUCCAGCGGCUCCUCCGCCGCGCUGCCCACCUCCCCGCCGCCGAUGCCCGUCGCCAGCGGCCGCCGCAGGAGCCACCGUAACGGAAAGCGGUCCCGGGACUCCUGGCGGCUGCUGCGUUGCCUGUCCACUUCCUCAGAGCAGUCCCUGGAGCAGCUGCCGCCUUGCUACCUGCCGGAACCCAUCACCGCAGAGUCGUCCAAGGAGCAGGUCUGCCCACGCCGCCCAAAUGGAGAGGCCAUCACCAUGCUGCCGGUGAGCCUGAGCAACAAUAGCAACAAUGUGAGCAACAGUAGCCUGCGUGACGUGGAGCACGGCGCUCUGGAGGACGAGCUGUCGGCCUAUAUGGAGGAGCUGAACCGGCGAGAGCGCUGCUGAGAGUUGGAGUACGCGGCGGCGGCCGCCGCGCGGCAGCACCGUCGCCGGCGCCACCGCCACCAUCACCACCACCUCCAGCAGCACCACAGCCACCACAGCCCAGACAGCCACGGUCCGGCCCAAGUAGGCGCGCAGGAGGAAAUCUCCCCACCCCCAGACGACAGCACUAGUCGGCAUUCAACUGAGAAUUGCGCCAUGGCUACUGAGUGCUUUGGAAAUUCCGUGGGCUUCAAAAAUAGAGAGGAGUCAAAUUUGGGAGUCAUUCCAACCGCUGUCGACAGUGCCCAUAGAGAUCCUCCAGGUGUCAGAGGAGAGGCAUCGAAUUCUGGAAAUAUCCCAGUUCCAUCAGAAUUCCCCAGUAGUGGUACUUCAGAUGUCAUUGGUUUGGUGGCUUGUACCAUGGAACGGCCAUUACAAGUGGACACUACAUUUGGUGAAACUGUAACUGUCAUUGGAGAACUAUCCACUACCACUGAGCUUCCAGUAGUGGCGGAUGUUGCUAUUGGAGAAGCUGCUGUUGUUAAUGGAUAAUGCUGAAUGUGACACACUACCCUUCUGUGAGGGCUGUUGUCUUUUGAAUUACUGCUAGCGUGUGCAACGAGACGUGCAGUGAAAGAGACUCGACUCCUGUUACUGUACAGCCCCCAUUAUUGACCACGUUCGACGAAAUCAUGAGCUUAAUGUAGGUUAAUAGCACAUUUCCUGCUAUUUCCGACCAUUUCUCCGAAAAAACUGUGGGACAAAAAUUAAAGCUAUGGUAAAUUUGUUACUGAUGAACAUCACUAUAAUUAAUGCUGAGGGUCUCGUAACCUACAGAGUGGAUCCUAAAAUGACAUUACGAAAGACGGAAAUGGUUUACUUCGGCUCGAGGGUACAAAAUGUUUGCCUAGGCAACUGGUUGUUACAAACUGACAAGGGAAAGUCUUGGGUAUCCUAACGUACAGAUUCACCUUUGACGUGUGUCACUACCUCAUAGGUGUUUUGUUCUAAAGAAAAAGACUGGUUUAGAUAAGUUCAUUUACUGGAAACUGUAAAUAACGAUUCUGCAGUCAGUCAGAGGAAUACCUUGAUACUUACAAGACGAUGUACAGAAGCAAUAUCUACUCUAACCCACUCCCAAAGACGUUAUCACUAGCCUGAGUGUGGCAUGCAGUGAAAAUGUUCUUUAAUUUAAUUUUAUUCAAAUAUCAUGUUCCUCCUCGUUUUAAAUGAUAGGCGUAUCGAUGUGUCUCUCUUCUUAACGAUGUAUCAUCAAGAAAGAAAGAAGAAGUUGUAUGUUGC